GACACAUUGAGCGUGUACGCCGCUGGGGAUAUUUUAUCUCUCGCACAGAUCUGCCAAAAAAUAAGCCAAAUCAUUCAUUGUUGACCGCUGAGUCCCGUCGAUUUUCGAGGAAAUAGUAUUACGAACGUUUCUCCAGAGCACCUGCGUCGCAUCACAAUGGAUGAAUGUCCCCGUAUGAAAACCCCCUACUCGGAGGGCGUUGGCAGGCUGGUGCGAGGUACAGAGAAAAUUUGGGUCCUGAUGGAAGAACCUCAGAAGGUCGUUUGGAACCUGCCAGAUGAUGUUCUCAGCGAAAUGGCACGAGCGAGCAACGAAGACAGCCAGAAGUUUCUGGAAGAUCUGUUCGAUGUGCUCUCAUGGGCGCAAGACAUCGUUGUUCGCGUCGCCUUCACGAACAACCGCGUUCUGGCGGUGAGGAUAGACGAGAUCUUGAUUGAUGGCGUGGUCGCCAAGGUGGAGCCUUAUUGUAGCGAACUUCAAGCACCUCACGGCCGGAUUUUGAGGGUCGUCCAGAGGCUCUUUGACGGGAACACUCCCAAGCUCCAUGAACACUACAGUCUAGGGAUCCCAUGGGAUCGUCGUAACCUCAAGUUCACUUGGGCUUCAAGCGUGCACAUGAGAUCUGAAACCUACAGGAACAGUUUGCCGAACGAAGCAGGCUCCGUCGGAAUCCUCUCAUUACUAGCAUCGAGACCUCCUUUGACUGAUGCAUCGAAAAUAAAUGAACCAAUGGACUCCUCGGCAAUCCCAAGGAUUUGCCGUAUCAUGAGCAAGAGCACUCAAACAGAUUCGUCCGUUACGCAGGAAAAUGCGGAAAUCCAAGAUGCCGUCAGAGGUGCUUGCGUCGUGUGUGCUUUCUGUGUCGCGAAAGGACCAAGGGAAAUUAGUUUUGACUCGGAUCCAUCCGACAGUGGGAUCUUCGACGACGGUGUCUCCUUAUGACCCGCUGUGUAUUCCACGGAUGCGAGACCGAUCAUGAGAUAUCGAACGCAUCUGUGAGUAGGCUUGCUGAGUAACCGAGAAGCGAGGGAAGAGUCAAUUGCGCUCGAGUCGUGUGGUAUUUCCCGAGAGAAUUUUGCUGAAAAAUUUGAACAUUCAGAAUCCCUCAUUUCCACCAGCGUACUAUGUGCAUGGGUCCUGGAUUUGCCAUCCCGAACCUUGAGCUCGGUUGCAUCGAUCUUCCCUUAUUUCUGCUACUCUUUUCCAUCAUAUUUUUCUGUUCAUUCCGAUUCCAUGAAAGACCAUUCUUUUCGAUUUCAUCCAACAUUCAAAAUAAUUAUUACGACAGACCCAUUAUCACCCAUGUUCGCAAAGUACCGGCUUAAUUCCGGUUUUCGUAUCGAUGUCGAGGGUUUACGUUGUGGACAUAUAAAAUCUGAAGCUACAUAGGUAGGUGUUAUAAUGUUCCGAAGCCAAUAAGUAUCUGAGCCCUUCUCCAGGAGGGAUUUUUAUGCCUCGUCAGG